AUGUCAUUGCCCGAGCUAAUUAGUGACUACGGAAGAAGUUGCGAAGUGAAGAAAUCAAUCAUGUACUCCAAGAAGUGUGUCUUCGGUGCACUCGUAUGCUUUCUUGUACUUCGUUCCGAGAUAAUCAAUGCAUCCUCAUCUGAAGAGGACGAGGAGACGAGCACGAAUCUCUAUGCGACCGUCGGAUCUCACAUCGCCUUCAACUGCGAAAUCGAAUUUCCAAAUGAUUUAGAGAUUCCGUACGAAUUGAGGUGGAGUAAAGAUGGCGAAGAAAUAUUCUCCUGGUACGAUGGUGACUUGGUAGCAGCCCCUGUAUAUAGAGGCCGCAUUACUCUUCUCGAUGACCAUCAGGUUCAUGGUUUUGGUCGUGGAUCCAUCAAUCUCACGGCCAUUCGAGAAUCUGAUUCUGGAUGGUAUGAGUGCAGAAUCAUUUUUCCAAACAGAAGCCCAAGCUCAAGAAAUAAUGGAACGUGGUUCCACUUGGAAGUUGAUGGUGGUGCACUACUGGCCAUACCUCCAGUUAAUCAGACAACACUAGAAGGCGAGCGAGCUCAUUUCGCCUGCACAAGCAAAGAUCCCGACAGUGUUGUCGAAUGGUACAAAGACGGUGUUCCUCUCAGUGAACUCGUAGACUUGAGGCAUCGUGUCCGAUACGGGCCUCAGGGUGGACUUACUGUCGGACCAGUUAUGAUGGGCGAUUUGGGAGAAUAUGUAUGUGCCGUUACAAAUGCCCAUGGUGACAGACAGACUGCAAGAGCAUAUUUAAAUGUCCAAUAUAAGGCCAAGGUUGUAUAUGCACCAAAGGGCUACUUGCCUCUAGGAAAACCAGCUGUUUUAGAUUGUCACUUCAGGUCGAACUCGCCUUUGACUAAUCUGCGAUGGGAGAAGGAUGGAUUCUUAUUUGAUCCUUACAAUGUUCCAGGAGUUUUUUAUAGAAGAAACGGAAGUUUGUUUUUCAGCAAAGUAGAAGAGCAGCACGCUGGACAUUACACCUGCACUCCAUAUAAUGAAUUAGGUACUGAAGGACCAUCUCCAAUGAUCCAUGUGAUCGUGCAGACACCUCCUAGCUUCACAGUGACUCCUGUCGGCUUCUACUUGAAGAAGAUCGGAGACACGUUGGAAUUGCCCUGCGAUGCCAGAGACGGAGAUGGAACUCAUAGACCGACCAUCGUUUGGAUCAAGGUGACACUCCCGAAAUGCAAUGGGGAUACUGAGGAUGUGUCACAACCACCACACACCAGACACUAUUAG